UUAUCAGCUUGGAGGGCUGGAGGUGUGGAUCCAUGGGAUAGCCCCAGCAUGUGCCCCUCUGCCCCAGUCAGCUCAUGCCUCAGCACCUGGGGACAGUGAACAGAGCCCUGGCUAGAGCCCAAACAUGUGGGGCCUGGUGAGGCUCCUGCUGGCCUGGCUGGGUGGUUGGGGCUGCAUGGGGCGCCUGGCAGCCCCCGCCCGGGCCUGGGAAGGGGCCCGGAGGGGCCCAGGACCAGCACUGCUGCGGACCCGAAGGAGCUGGGUGUGGAACCAGUUCUUUGUCAUCGAGGAAUAUGCCGGUCCAGAGCCCGUCCUCAUUGGCAAGCUGCACUCGGAUGUGGAUCGGGGUGAGGGCCGCACCAAGUACCUGCUGACCGGGGAGGGGGCAGGCACCGUGUUUGUGAUUGACGAGGCCACAGGCAAUAUCCAUGUCACCAAGAGCCUGGACCGGGAGGAGAAGGCACAGUAUGUGCUGCUGGCCCAAGCCGUGGACCGAGCCUCCAACCGUCCCCUGGAGCCCCCAUCAGAGUUCAUCAUCAAGGUGCAAGACAUCAACGACAAUCCCCCCAUCUUCCCCCUCGGGCCCUACCACGCCACAGUUCCCGAGAUGUCCAACGUCGGGACAUCAGUCAUCCAGGUGACUGCUCACGACGCCGAUGACCCCAGCUAUGGGAACAGCGCCAAGCUGGUGUACACUGUGCUGGAUGGACUGCCUUUCUUCUCCGUGGACCCCCAGACUGGAGUCGUGCGUACCGCCAUCCCCAACAUGGACCGAGAGACACAGGAGGAGUUCUUGGUGGUGAUUCAGGCCAAGGACAUGGGCGGCCACAUGGGGGGGCUGUCGGGCAGUACUACGGUGACGGUCACCCUCAGCGAUGUCAACGACAAUCCCCCCAAGUUCCCUCAGAGCCUGUACCAGUUCUCGGUGGUGGAGACAGCUGGGCCAGGCACCCUGGUGGGCCGGCUUCGGGCCCAGGACCCAGACCUGGGGGACAACGCCCUCAUGGCAUACAGCAUCCUAGAUGGGGAGGGGUCCGAGGCCUUCAGCAUCAGCACAGACGCCCAAGGUCGAGAUGGGCUCCUCACUGUCCGAAAGUCCCUAGACUUUGAGACCCGUCACUCCUACUCCUUUCGUGUGGAGGCCACCAACACGCUCAUUGACCCAGCCUACCUGCGGCGAGGGCCCUUCAAGGAUGUGGCCUCAGUGCGCAUAGUGGUGCAGGACGCCCCAGAGCCGCCCGCCUUCACCCAGGCAGCCUACCACCUGGUGGUGCCCGAGAACAAGGCUCCUGGGACCCUGGUGGGCCAGGUCUCAGCCACUGACCUGGACUCCCCCGCCAGCCUGAUCAGAUACUCCAUCCUCCCCCACUCGGAUGUGGAGCGCUGCUUCUCCAUCGAGCCUGAGGACGGCACCAUCCGCACAGCUGUGCCCCUGGACCGCGAGGCUCGAGUCUGGCACAACCUCACAGUGCUGGCCACAGAGCUUGACAGCUCCGCACAGGCCUCCCGUGUGCAAGUGGCCAUCCAGACCUUGGAUGAGAAUGACAAUGCUCCCCAGCUGGCUGAGCCCUACGACACCUUCGUGUGUGAUUCUGCAGCCCCUGGCCAGCUGAUUCAGGUCAUCCGGGCUUUGGACAGAGACGAAGCUGGCAACAGUAGCCGUGUCUCCCUUCAAGGUCCUUUGGGCCCUGAUGCCAACUUCACUGUCCGGGACAACCGAGAUGGCUCUGCCAGCCUGCUGCUGCCCUCUCGUCCUGCUCCGCCCCGCCAGGCCCCGUACCUAGUUCCCAUAGAACUGUGGGACUGGGGGACCCCAGCACUGAGCAGCACUGCUACAGUGACCGUCAGCAUGUGCCGCUGCCGGCCUGACGGCUCCGUGGCAUCCUGCCGGCCCGAGGCUCAGCUCUCACCCGCUGGGCUCAGCACCGGGGCCCUGCUCGCCAUCGUCACCUGUGUGGGCACCCUGCUUGCCCUGGUGGUGCUCUUCGCGGCCCUGCGGCGCCAAAAGCAGGAAGCACUGAUGGUGCUGGAGGAGGAGGACGUCAGGGAAAACAUCAUCACCUACGACGAUGAGGGCGGCGGGGAAGAGGACACGGAGGCCUUCGACAUCAGCGCCCUGCAGAACCCC